GCAUCUCCCUGCACCCUCAAAGCAAACGUCUUUCCUUGCUGGGGAACCUUGUACUUUGCCUUAUUGGCUAAAUAAGUCAUAGGCGUUCAUUGUAUUUAUCUGGUAUUUUUCAGCCGAAAAUAUUCUCUGACUUGGAAUCCUGAGUUCGCCUUCAUGAUUCAAGGAAUAAGAAACCAUGAGCAGAGGGUCUCAAGUUCAUGUCUUCUGGGGUGCUCCAGUGGGUCCACUGCAAAUGACGGUAUCGCAGGAAACAGCAUCUCUGACGCCCACUGCUGACCCCUGGAAGGAAAUUCAGCUUCUGUGCGAUGGUCGCGCUUUACGGCUGAGGGAUGAGAGCCUUGAGCGCAGGAGCCUCGGGGACACUCAGGUGCCAGAAGCCACUGCCCCGGCCGAGCUUCCUGGCGGCCCACGGUUAGCAAACCCUGUGGGUAGGUCCGUUCCUGAGAAGGAUGACUUUACACAUUCAGAAACACGGACUGUAAAAUCCGGGCAGAUCCAGCCCUCGGGGCCGAGUGAUGUGAGAAACUCUAAUGUGCAAGCACACGCAUUUCAGGGCGGAGGUCGGCGCUUAACCGAAGAAGGGCAGUGUCCUGAGCCUCAGCAGGAAAACGAGGAAGUUACCAGGGAAGAGCCUAAAACCCAGUCCGGCGGAGGUGGUCCGCACUCUCCUACAGAUUCCUUUCGGUUCAGUCACAAGGGUGCUGCUGUGUUGGGUUUGGUCUGCAGUAGCGGGCAGAUCAGGAUGGGGCCAGGAGCUGUAGGAACACCGUGUGUGCCAGCGGAACAUCGCGAGACACAAGCCCAGCGUCAGGCAUUCUUUUCCACCAACACAGGGGAUAAGGCGAGGUCCGAGGGAGCAGACAGGGAGCUCUCAAACCUCCAGGUGUCUACUGACACUGAGUUCCUCAGCGUACUGACCUGCAGCCAGCUGGCUUUUUUAGCUCAAAGGGAGGAUAACGGGCAGAAAUCUGCAGCCACCGGGACAGCAGACGUGGAGACUGAACCAGAGACCAGUGGUGGGGAACUAACACUGACUGCAGAUGAUGCCAGUCGGCCUCGCGCUGAUUCUGUGGAAGGAAGUGAUGAUGGACAAAGCCAGGCACAUUCCCUGGAACUUUUUAGUCCUGUUUGUCCUGACGCCAAGACCAGCCCCAUCCCCAUCGACUCCGACGAAGCUCUUGAGGAAGGCACAGGAUCUGAAGAACUUUUCAGUUCCGAAGGUAAACCGCCGCCGGACGAGGUCACCAUCCAGCUGUGCAGCUCAGGAGUGCUGUGCUCCCAGCGAAGCACCUCCCACAAGAGGGCUGCCAAAAGAACCCGGGCUUCCGAGGACCGGCCAGCCGCUCCUGAUGUCCCCCGCGUGCCCAGGAAAAUGAAGCGGGCUUCCCACGCAGCGGUGGUGCAGCGGCGCGGGUCUGCGUUUAAGGGUGUGAGAAACACAUCCUUGAUAAAACACUGUCAUUCUAAAAGUCAGAAGUAUAACUGUUUAGUCGUGGUGCUGUCUCCGUGCCACGUGAAAGAGGUACACGUGAAAUCGGGACCCAGCGCUGGCUCUAAAGUGCCCUUGGCAACGAUUACAGUAACGGACCAGUCCGAGAUGACCAAGAAGGUGUCCCUGUGGAGGACUGCCGCAUUCUGGGCGCUGACGGUGUUCCUGGGAGACGUGAUUUUACUCACAGAUGUCACCGUUCACGAGGACCAGUGGGCUGGUGAGACGGUGCUGCAGUCAACAUUCACCAGUCAGUUACUGAAUCUCGGGAGUCACUCAUCGGUCCAGCCCGAGGAACAUUCCAGUAUUGUUAGUGGUGAUGUACUUCGGGACUUGCUGGCGUAUGUGUCUUCCAAACACCCCUACCUCAGAGAUCUACCUCACAGGCAGCCUCAGAAGGGGAGCAGUGUGGAGUUUGUAGACUUGGAGCAGCUCCAGUGUGAAACCUUAGUCCAUGCAGUGCUCCGAGUUGUGGAUAUCACAGUAUUAACAGAGGCUUCGUACAAUUACAGAGGGCAGAGGCAAAGGAAAGUCAUAGUAACAGUGGAGCAGACCCAAGGUCAACAUUAUGUGCUUGUGUUAUGGGGUCCUGGAGCAUCAUGGUACUCACAACUUCAAAGGAAAAAAGAUUGUAUUUGGGAAUUUAAAUAUCUUUUUGUUCAGCCUAAUGGUGUACUAGAAAACCUAGAAUUACAUACAACACCUUGGUCAUCCUGCGAGUGUCUAUUUGAUGAUGAUAUAAGGGCAAUUACAUUUAAAGCAAAAUUUCAAACAAAUCCACCGUCCUCACUGAAGGUGUCAGACUUAGCAACUCACCUGCAAGAUAAGUGUUCAGGAGUGACUCUAAUUAAAGCCCGGAUUCUGGAGCUGGCAUUUCCCACUGCAGCAGCUCAGGAGAUCGCACUAAAUGCUCACACUUCUCUGGGGAGGGUCUUCGCUUCUCUUCCCCAAAUCAUAUACACUGGCUGUGCAAAGUGUGGACUGGAACUAGAGACGGAUGAAAAUAAGAUCUACAAACAGUGUUUUAACUGCUUGCCAUGUAUGAGGAAGAAAAUCUACUACAGGCCAGCUUUAAUGACCGUAGCUGAUGGAAGCCAUAAGGUUUGCAUCCACGUAGGAUCCAAGCUGAUAGAGAAGAUGCUUCUCAACAUUGCACCAGACUGCCUGGACAGACUGAUAGUGCCCUCCUCCAAGGUCACCUACGGGAUGGUCGCCGCGGAUCUGCUGCACUCCUUGUUGGCAGGCGGUGGGGAGCCCCGUGUGCUGAAGCUUCGGAGCCUGUUUGUGUUAGACGAAAACAGCUACCCACUGCAACAGGACUUCUCCCUGCUGGAUUUUCAUCCCGACAGUGUGUAGCACGGAGCCUCUGCCUUUCCCUGAGGCCCCGGGCAGAGACUGCAGGCAUUUCAAGGAAGAUGCACUGAACAAUUAUUUGUCUUCUGAAGUAAAUGAAUGACAGGGUUUUGCUUUGGACUUUUUAGCAAAUGUAUUUUACAAAGAGAAUUGUGUUAAAUAUAUAAAUUAAAGCUAUUUUUUCUAAGAAAA